CUGCUCGGGCGCAUGCGCAAGUAUUUCCAAGAUGGCGGCUGCAGCGGCUGCGCGAGCAGUUCCUGUGAACCCUAUGUUUGGGGGCUUGAAACGGACGCUGCCUCUUGUAGUGAUUCUAGGAGCUACUGGCACUGGCAAGUCUACCCUGGCGUUGCAGCUAGGCCAGCGGUUGGGCGGCGAGAUCGUCAGCGCCGACUCCAUGCAGGUCUAUGAGGGACUAGACAUCAUCACCAACAAGGUUUCUGCCCAAGAGCAGAGAAUGUGCCAGCACCACAUGAUCAGCUUCGUGGAUCCUCUCGUGACCAAUUACACAGUGGUGGACUUUAGGAACAAGGCAACUGCUCUGAUUGAAGAUAUAUUUGCUCGAGACAAAAUUCCUAUUAUCGUGGGAGGAACCAAUUACUAUGUUGAAUCUCUGCUCUGGAAAGUUCUCGUAAAUACUAAGUCCCCUGAGGCAGGUACUGAGCAAGUGGUUGACCGGAAAGCAGAGCUGGAAAAGGAGGACAGCCAUGUGCUGCAUAGCCGCCUACGCCAGGUGGACCCAGAAAUGGCAGCCAAGCUGCACCCACAUGACAAGCGUAAAGUGGCCAGGAGCUUACAAGUGUUUGAAGAAACGGGAAUCUCUCAUAGUGAAUUUCUUCAUCGUCAACAUUCAGAGGAAGGUGGCAGUCCCCUUGGUGGUCCGCUGAAGUUCCCCAACCCUUGCAUCCUCUGGCUGCAUGCUGACCAGACAGUUUUAGACGAGCGCUUGGAUAAGCGAGUGGAUGACAUGCUUGCUGCUGGUCUCUUAGAAGAACUAAGAGAUUUUCACAGACGCUAUAAUCAGAAGAACUCUUCAAAAAAUAGCCAGGACUAUCAACAUGGUAUCUUCCAGUCAAUUGGCUUCAAGGAAUUUCACGAGUACCUGGUCACUGAGGGAAAAUGCACGCCAGAGACUAGUAACCAGCUUCUAAAGAAAGGUAUUGAAUCUCUGAAACAGGUAACUAAGAGAUAUGCCCGGAAGCAAAACCGAUGGGUUAAAAACCGUUUUUUGAGCAGACCUGGUCCCAGGGCCCCCGCAGUAUACGGCUUAGAAGUGUCUGAUGUCUCGAAGUGGAAAGAGUCUGUUCUUGACCCUGCCCUUGAUAUCGUGCACAGCUUCAUCCAGGGCCACAAGCCUGCAGCAACUCCGGUGAAAAUGCCACACAAUGAAACUGAGAACAAGCGAAGUUACCAUAUGUGUGACGUCUGUGAUCGAAUCAUCAUUGGGGACAGAGAAUGGGCAGCGCAUGUAAAAUCCAAAUCCCACUUGCACCAACUGAAGAAAAGAAGACUGGAUUCAGAUGCCAUCAGUACCACAGGAAGCCAGACUACUUCCCCUGACUGUGAUACUGAACCUAAAGAGGACGGAGCCCCGGGACAGAAUGACCCAGAGCUGAAGAGCAGCAUUUAGGAAACAUCUCCAGGGACCUCUGCAGAGGCUCUGGGGCCCAGCAGAGCAGGCGGUCUGUCUCCCUCCGUGUGGGCUGAGGAGUACUGUGCAGGAAGCCCUGCCAUUUUCUUUUAUUUGAUAGUGAAGCUUAAGUCCUACAUUCUCUGCAAUGGAAACAGCAAGUCUUUCGACUCCUGUGGCUGUUGGGUCGGGUAUAGUGCAUUUGAGGUUUUUUCCUUUUCUUUGAACCUUAAAGUUUCUAUUUUUUAAAAAGACAAGGUUGCACAGUGUUAAACCUGAAAAUCUUUUUAGUGGUAAAUACUAGGGCUUACUACAUCUCAUAAAAGAAGUUUUUUGUCUCUGACUAAAAAUACCUAAUUUCCAGAUGCUUUUAUAGAUGACCGAAGUAUUGUGAGCCACAAAUCAGGAGUUCUGGAUUUGAGGGAUUGGCAGGAAAGACCAGCCUCAAUCAGAGGAUUAAAUAAACCAAGCCUGCUCUUGGAAUUCCACAGAGGAGGAAAUCAGAUCAAGGUAGUUGUGACCCGCAACUUGAAGCCUAAAGACUGAAAUCCGUUGAUUUCCUAUAAUAAUGGCUAUCACUGUUGACUUUGUAUUAAGGUAGAAAUAUAUAUGUUUUUAUUGAAAGAUAAAAUAAAGAAAAACUUUGUGACAUCCUCCAUCAUCCUUAAAAAAAGAUAUUUAUGUCUGUUUAAUUUAUACAUAAUAUACUGUUAUCAAUUUGAUAGUUUAGUCUUGACAUUCUUUUUUUUUUUUUUUUUUUUUUUUUUUAAUCGGUACCAGGGAUCGAACUCGUGACUGCCUGCUCGCAAGGCAGGCGCUUAUGUCGCUGAGCUAAAUCCCCAGCUUGACAUUUUUCAUAGACCAUGUUUGUGUAGCUGAUAUAUAUUGUGUACUUUAUAUUCCUGGAAGAUGUCCAGAAAGGAUCUUUUAUUGGAAAUUUGUUGUUUCCAGUUGAAGUCUUUUUUUUCUGGAGUGACUUGAGAUACCUUCAAUAUUAAAUAGAUAUUUAUAUAUAAUACAAGGAUAUUUCUAAAUAGGAAAUAUCUAAAUAUCCUUAGAUACAGAGUUGGGCAGCAUUAUAUAUUCAUAGUAGUGUGCAGUUAUUAUCACUGUUUAUAAAAUUUUUCAUCAGUCUUAGUGUGCCCAUUGAGUAAUGACGCCUGCCUCAAUAUAUUUGUUCAGAAUAUAUUAUUCUGAACAGAUAGCCCUGAACUAGACGAGAGGGUAUACAGAGAUGAAUUGUGAUUCUUGCUUUCGGGAAGCUUGUAAGUCUCCUUUGCAUACAUAGACAGUCAGGCUAGGUAAGACUAUCAGAGGCCAGAAAAGCAGAAUUUUGGUUGAAAGAAGGGAAGGAAUCAUUUCUGCUAGACCUUAAAAAAGCAAUUUUUGUUAAAUAUGUUUACUCAACCACAUAGAUUGCCUUUUGUUGUGUUGUAUUGUGUUCUGUGACAGGGUCUUGUUAAGUUGUUCAGGCUGGCCUUGAACUUGAGGUGCUCCUUCCUUCUGCCAGAAUGCUGGGAUCACAGGUGUGCACCAUCACUCCCUGCCUGUUAACCUUUUAGCAGUGCUGAAUUGUAGAGCCUGACCACCUUUUACCAGUUCCACUUCCAAGAACGUUUAUUCUCUAGUCAAAGAAGAAACACCAUUGUAUCCACUCCAUCUUAUUCUUUCUGUGAUCUGAUUUCCCCAGGCCAUUUACCAAGUGCUAGCAGGGUGGGAAGCCAAUCUGCUCCCUGGGUGUGGAGAUGAGUGCUGUCUGUGAGGUGUGCGGUGCCAAGCACUCAGAUGCCUUAUCUCCUCUCAGAGCCGGUGGGGACAGACUGUGAGCUGGUGGGAGACCCAGGCCCAGUCACAAGCACAGAGAACCAGCAGCCACACGGGACAGAAGUGAACCUGAUAAAUGUUAGCACUGUUUUAAACUGGCUGUUUGUAGUCAGGAAGCUUCGUCUCUGAAAUGCUUCUCACUCGAGUUGUAAAAUAUGUUUGAAAGCUUAAAAAAGACUCAGUGGACAAACAAGAAAGACAAGUUUUAAUAAUCUUACCUCAAAAAGCCCCUAAUCCUUUCAUCUGAAAUAUCUGGAGUAUGGGGCUAUGCUCAGUGGCAUAAGUGCCUGCCUGACAAGUGUGAGGUCGUGAGUUCAAUCCCUGGAACCACAAAAAAAAAUCCGGAGCAGUAAUUCUCACUAGCUCAUUACUUUGUGCUGGCUGAGUUUUUGGCACUUUGCUUUGAGUCUGGUGUCCCUGCUCCCAGGCACUGGCAGUUCAGUGGGGUGGGUUUCCCUCACCGCCUGCCAAAGGGGUUGGGGAGACAGAACACUAGAAAGGUGUGCACACCAGCAUCGCCCUGCGUAGAACUUCCUUCUGCCUCCGGCCCACUGAAUGGCUCUGCUGAGUAUAGGGAAGGAAAGUAGAUUUUUGCCUUUUGUUGUCAUUGGUGUGGAGAUGAAAGAAUCCUUAGACUAUUCCUAUACGCAUUAGGCCGGAUGUGGAUGUGUCUUUGUCACAGGGCAAGCCAGCAAAACCCUGAUAGACCUUAGGCCUUCUCUUCACUGGACUACAGAAUCUUACAGUAAAUCUCAUCCGAUAGUUAGGAAAGACCAUCGAGAGCAAUGCUGGGCUCUUCAUCAGUCUGCAGUGAGGAUGAGUGCUGGUCUGCUCUGUCUGGCCUCAGCCAGUUCCCGAGGAGCAGAGCCCUUCCACCCAGGCCCCAGGCUCUAGUCCAUCACUGGUGCUGCCUAAAUGGCUUUGGUAAUUAAUUCCAGCACUCAAGCUGUCAGAAGAAACCUUGAUUAGGCUUUUGGUAUUUCCUAUGGUUCAAGUGGUGUUAAGAAAUUAAGAAGUACUUUGAAGAGAGAGUUCGAUGUUUAGUCUUUUUUUUUUUUUUUUUUUUUGUCUUUUUCAUUUUUAUGGGUACCAGGGAUCGAACUCAGGACUGCCUGCUUACAAGGCCGGCGCUAAUGCCGCUGAGCUAAAUCCCUGGCCCCAGAUGUUUAGUCUUUAAGAUAUUUUGCUUGUUUGUAUAGGUCCAAGCAUGGAUUGAUCUAUAGUCUAGAUACAUGGUUUGAUCUUUUCUAACUCUCAGUAAUUAUUUAUAUUCUUAGCCUCAGUUCUACAUUUAACAACAAAGUGUUGGUGGUUUUUGUUGUUUGUUUUUUUUGUACCGGAAUUGAACUUUGAACCUCUUGCUUGCCAGACAGGCACUGUGCCUCUGAGCUACACCCUGGCUCCAACAAUAAGGAUUUUUGUAUUUAAAACAACUCAGUAUGUACACACACACACACACACACACACACACAGAGACCAUCAGAGGGUUGAUGGUGUAGCUCAGUGAUAGAGCACCUGCUUAGUAUUCAUAAGGUCCUGGGUUCAGUCCUCAGCAAAGGGGAAAGCAGAAACCACGUAGCACGUUCAAUGCUAGCAACAACAGCAGCGCACGCAUGUGCGCGCGCGUGUGCACACACACACACACACACACACACACUCAUGAAAGCAAGCUUUUAUGAAUGCAGUGACUAUAUUCCCAGCACCAUGAAAUAGUAAAGCAUGAAACUAUAUAAGCCUCUACAAAAGUAGUCUGCUUCAAUCAUUAAGUAGUCUUGGAGCCAGGUAGCUCAGCACUGUAGGAGGCUGAGGCUGGAGGUUCACAAGUUUGAGCCCAUUAUGGGUAACUUAGAGACUUAGAACUUGUCUGGAAACAAAAAUAAAAAUAAAAAGGCUGGGGAUGUAGGUCAGUGUGAAAGCCCUGGAUUUAAUUCCCAGUAUCAAAAAAAAAAAAAAGUAAUCUUGGGGUGGAAUCUCAUUCUUUGAUUAAAACAUACUUAAGCGGUGAGGGCCAUUCUCUAAAAUAUUGACUAGCUGGUAAUUCGUAAAGCUGUUCUGAAUAUGUACAAAGGAAGGUACAUGGCUGUGUUAGGGUUAAAAGCUAAGCUCUAACAAAGAGGCUCAACAGUACAGUGGCUUAAAAAGAAAACAAGCCAGUCCAUUCUUUCUCUUCUCUCACAGCUCUGAGGGGAGUCAGCGUUUCCGAGAGAGCAGUUAGGUCAGUGGGGCAGCUCUGCUCCAGAUGGUCAUCCAGGGAUACAGGUCCUUGGUAUCAUAUUGCUUCCCUGCCCUCAGGAGCAUUGUCCUCCGCUGCAUGCUUGAGGCCGGCUGGGUCACUGGUCCCAGGGGGCAGGCAGGGAAAGGGCACAGGAGGAGGCCGAGACCUGGCCCUGAGGUGGCACCCCAGCAUCUGCCUGUGCACCUACUUCCUAGGAGCCGGGAAAUGGGAGGCAGCGUGUGCCAAGAAAGAAGGGAAGAACAGAUUUGGUGGAUAACUUGCUGUUUUCCUUAAAUUGGUAUUGUGGAAAGAACACUGUAUUCCGACCUCUUUUGACUAAUUAGAUAUUUGCCAGAGGCAAGUUUCUAUUUUCCCAUCUGUGAAAUUAGUGGGUCACAUGACCUGACCUCUGAAAUAUUUCAAAAAGUGAAGUUUGACCAAAUCUUUACUAGGUGAGACUAUAAGACAAGAAUGGUGCCCUGGUUCAUGAACUUGAUUCUUUCUAUGAUUCUGGAUGCAAACCGAGUUGGACGAGAACCAGAUCAAAGUCAGUAGUUAAGCUCAAUGUCAAUCUUACAUGGAAAUUUGAUUUGGUGCUUUUCCAAUUCUGUUUGCAACCAGAAUCCAGGACAACAUUAAGUUUGUGAAUUGAAGUACCACUGCAUUUGAAAAAGGCACUCCGGGAAAUAUAAGCAUGUGCGCUGCAGGGUCAGGGGCUGAAUCCCUGAAGGUGGUAGGGAGGACAGCUGGAAAGGGUUUUGGUGGCCUCAAGGAAUAAGUCAACCAAUGACCAACUGCCUACCUCCAGAUGGCUUUGUAUGGGGGAGAAACAAUUUGUCUUUGCAGCCAAACAGCCUCCUGUCUAGCACACUAUCUGUGCAAUCUUUGGAAAAUUGUUUAAACAGCCUCGGUUUCCUCAUGUAUAAAAUUCCAGGGAACAUCAUAAGAGGCACAGAUUGGAUAUAUUUACUUUAUUGGAGAAAAUGUAUUAGUACUGUUAAAAUGUUGGUUCGUGGUGUGGUGUCAGUUCCUGAAAAGCACAUAUCAAAGCAAGCUCAGACUUAAGAUAAACUGGUUUGCCAGUGGCCUAAAAUAAUGCCUUGCCCCUUGCUUGCCCCCCUCCUAGGUUUCAGCCCUUAGGUUUGGCUCAUGGGUUGGUUAGAAUGUGCAUACUUUCUUCCUUUAGCUUACUUGCUCAAAUUGUUUCCAUCACCAGAAAUGCUUUCUUUACUUAAUGAACUCCUACACAUCCUUUGAGGCUAAACAUGAUGUCUUUUGCUUAGAGAAAGCUCCCUGGGAUUCUCUCGGGAGGCUUGGUUUUUCCUUCUUGUGUGAGCCUUAACAAUUCAUACAUCACGGUAGUAGUAAUAUUGGUGAGUACUUACACAGCACUUUGUGCCAGCCACUGUUUUAAGUAUUUGGACACAUACUCAUUAAAUCCAGCAGCCUAUGAGGUAAUGCUGUCACUGUGACGAUGAGCUGUUUUACUGUUGAGAGAACAGCAGAGCGGUUGAGUAGAGCAGUUAGGAUUUGAAACAAGUCGGUGGCUCCAGGAUCUUGCACCUUCUCGUUUUGCCACAGCACACAGAUCAUUAUGUCUCUUGCCGCCUCGGGUAAUAAAUGCUAUCAGGAUGUGAGUCCUAUUCUGAGACCAGUGUGGAACAUAAACAGUGCCUGGUAGACACUGAGGCCAGACCCUGUGGGGCGUGCUUCCCUAGAUGUGGCCACUCAGCGUGCUUGCUGGGCAGGCAUCAGGCAUGGUAUGCGACGCACAUGCCUACCUUUCAGGAUUUCCUUAAACAAACAGACGAGGCAGUGUGUUAUCACCACUUGGUGAAGGAGCCAGUAUGUCCAGAGAGUUUGACAGUGGCUGGUACAGAGUAGACAUGCAGAAUAUUUCCUGGAUAUUAGAAAGCUCUUAAGGGGCAAGGAUUUUGUCCAUUGUUCAGAUUUAUCACUGGCACCUGCAAGGGCCUAUGGCUUUGAAAGGUGUUCAUAAGCAUUCGUGUGUGCGUAUGUGUUGCUUUUGUUUUUCAUUUUGAACCAGUCUUUACAUUGUUCCAGCUUUAUCAAGUUGUAGUUGACCAAAUGCAUAUAUUGAGGAACAUAACAAUGAUUUGAUAUAUGCACAUUUUAUGAAAUGAUUACUACAUUAAGUUGUGGCAUCUGUUGAAUUAGGAUUUGAAGCCAAUUUGGGCCGACUCCAGACCCACACUCUUAAUGACUACAUGCGGCUUCUCCAAGGGCAUUCCUGUAAGAUUUUUGUUUUUGUUCUGACAUAGUGUCAUGCGAUGUAGUCCAGGCUGGCCUUGAACUCACUAUGUAACCCAGACUGGCUUUGAAUUUGUAGCAGUCCUGCUGAGUGCUGGACUUUGGGCUUAUACCAACAGGCUUUUUAAAAUGUGUGUAUUACUAGAUCCCAACUACUUCUAAAAGGCGAUCAAGGAAUGUAACCUGGUCACUGAGGUGUUUCAUCGGAUUCAAAACCAGGGAAGCAUCUAGUGCCUAGAGCCAACUUGUACUGUCUAACCCAAGGCCGUGGAGACCCUCUCUCUUUUGAAGACUGGCUUUUUGUAUGCAGCAUAGGUAGUGCUGCCAGUAGCACCCAGUGUCAUCUCCUGCAACCUCAACAGCCAGAGGGAGGUGGUGCUGAUGCUUUCUCUGGUUCUAAGUUCAAAAGUUCAGGGCAAUUCACACCUAUUAGAAUGGCUACCAGCAAAAACACAACAGGUGCUAGCAAUUGUGCAGAAAUGAGACCUUGUGCCCAGUCAGAAUGGGAAAUGGAGCCACUGCUGUAGAAAAUGCAAUGGCAGUUCCUCAAUCAAUCAAAAGCAGAACUGCUGUAUGACCUAGCAGACCCACUUCUGGAUAUGUGUCUAAAGAACUGAAAGUGGGACCUCGCAAUAUAUUUACACUGUGAUUUUCAUAGUAGCAGCAUUCACAAUAGCCAAGCAGCAGAAGCAGUAACCUAAGCAUUCUUCUGGGGAUGAAUAGAUGAACAAAAUGUGUAUACUUAUGACAGGAUAAUCAUCCUUAGGAAGGGAGGACAUUCUGACCUCUGUUGUGACAUGGAUGAACUUGGAGAACAUUCUGCUAAUGAAAUGAGCCAGCCACAGAAAGACAAGUGUGUGUCAUGGUUCCACUUAUGUAGAGUAUCAGUUUCAUAGAAACAAAGAAUGUGAUGGUUGCUGGGGGGGAUGGGGAUGUUUAAUGAGAGUUGGUUUAAGCAAGGUGAAAUUCUGAAGAUCAGUUGUGCAACAGUGUGCAUGUGCUUAACUGCACACUUAGAAAUGGUUACGAUGGUAAAUUUUAUGUUGUGUUUUCCACAAUUUUAGAAGGAAGCCCAAAGACGGGUCCAUUAGCCCACAUUGGGUCUAGUGUUUACCCUGAGGCCUGUCAACCAGGCUGGCAUGGAUUCUUGAAGGGAUGGGGUAGUUCCUAUGGAAACCAGAUGGCUGGAGUGGGGGUGGAAUGAUUCCCAGAAGGAGGCUGUGGGGGCUGGUGGGAGGGAGGGCAUCUGGACAGACACACGGUGGGUGUCCACUGUGGGCUUACUGCCCACCCUGAAGCAGCUCACUUGUUUUUCUAGCAGCAGAGCUGAGCUAAAGCUCAUUCCAAACUACGUAGUACCUGCUGUCAUCUUUAUCAUCAGGUAUCUUAAUUAUUCCUUACAAAUGUAUAGCUCAGCAAAGUUGUUUAGUUGUUGUUUUGGGUAUUUUGGGGGAAGGGAGUUUUUGUUUCGAGACAGUUUAUGUAGUUCAAACGGGCCUUGAACUCACUAUGUAGUACAGGCUGGCCUUGAAUGCACAGUGAUCCUCCUGCCUCAGCCUCCCAAGGGCUAGAAUUACAAGAGAACCACACCCUCAGCCUUCUCUUUUUUGAUACAUUGUUGCGAUACAAUUUACAUUCAGCCUGGGGAAUUGGAACAUAUAUAUAUGUAUCAUAUGAUCACUUCUAUUCCUGUUCCCUCUCCCCCUUCAGCAGGGUUUUUACAAAGGUACGUAUGUCUCGCCAGAAAACCUUUGAAGUAGUUUGUACAAAUGAAGAAACAGACUUAAUAGUAUUUAAGUGAUUAACAGAGUGUUGAUGUUAUUUCAAUCGUCAGACUAGAAGCCAGUUUGAACUAAUUUAGGUACAAAGGAGGAUUUAUUGAUUCAUAGGCUAGAAGGAAGAGUCAGACAUCUGAGCCCCCCUAACCCCCGAAGGGCAGCCGGCUGCAGCUGGGCCUCGGGAAUGACUGCCAUCGUGGACUCAGACACUGCCAGCACUGUCCUGCUUCCAUUUCCCGUCUCUGCAUGCCGACUUCACUUCUCCCUCCGUGUGAACCCACUUUCCUCAGAUGGUCAUGGAAGCUUCCACACUUGGCAUUUAUACCUUUCCCCCACUGCGAAGUGGUGGCCCUGAAGUGACCUUAGUCCUAGGGGAAGACUAAGUUGAGCUGCAUUCUGCUGUCCCCCUCUUAGCAGGAAAACCUGUCACCUCAGUACGUGGCAGGUUCCUGGAGAAACACAUGACUAGGACUGGGGAGAGUUUCCUCCAAGUGGGCAGGGAUGGGAUUGGUGCCAUGAAGGCCACACAUCAGUGGUCCACAGUAGUGCCUCACAGUACGAGGGAGAUAAAAGAGAGAAGCCCAGGUCUUGUGACUACAGCCUUUAGAGGCAACCCGAGGACUUCCCUGCAAUAGAGAUCCCAUUCCAGUCCCAUGGAGAAGUUACUGGAAUUCUAGCAAGUUAAUUCCAAUCUGCCACUUCCAGUGCAACCCAAGGUGAGAAUAAAGACACACACACACACAGUUAUGAGAAGCCAAAGGGAUCCUAUGUCCAGCCACAAUGGUGGGUCACCGGAACAAAGGCCAUGACCCAGGGCCCAACCUGGGUUUUAUUAAUUCUCCCUGAGGAGAGUCAUUGGGGGAUGAGUGACAGAGAGGUGGGAAAUACAUGACACCAUGAGCCGGGCUGGGUAGGAGGCCUGAGAUCACCUCUAUAAUAUGCAGAGGACAAAAAAUUCAGAAAAUAAUCUGUGUAACACAGCUGAGGUAGGAUCUAAUAUUUUGGGGUCAGCACUUCAGUUCUGAUAUACAAUCUUUUUCCCCUGAAAGUCAACCUCUUUCUCGAGGCUUGGUCCCAGCCAACAGCAUGGAGCAUGGCUCUCCAUCCCUGCUGGCUCAACCAUGCUUUUCUGGGAGUCACUGGGUGGGAAACAGGAACUUCAAAGAUUACACAUCAGCUCCUCAGCUAGCCCAAUUUCAAAGGCGUAAAGCCAAUUUGAAGGAACAAAGAAAUAGCCCAACCAGCUCCGUACAAACCAAUACAGGCAGGUAGAGCCAAGUUUAUCCAAAAUGGAGAUAGUUGCUCUUCUUUCAAAGGGACUUGUCCCAGUGGUCCUCCACACCCUGCAGAAGGAAGGCUCCACCUCUGGGAGGCCCUGGGACCAUGCAUGGGUAGCUGUGAGGCUGGGGUCAGGCUCUUAGCAGGAGUGGGUCAAUGAGUCCCCUCAAAGCCAGUGUCCAGGGAACGUCACAGACCCAUAGCUUUUGCCUGUGGAAGCUUCUUCGUUAACCUCAUUGAACUUGAGGGAUCUAGACUUCGAUAUGAACAUGUACCUUAAAUCUUUCCCGGUACUAGGGAUCAAACCCAGGUGCACUCUGGCCAAGCUACAUCCUCAGUCCUUUUUAUAUAUUUUUUAAAUUUUUUUGGUACUGGGGAUCAAACUCAUGAUCUUGUGCUUGCCAGGCAGGCACUUACACCAUUGAGCUAAAUCCCCAGUCCCUUUAUUUUUGAUUUUGAGACAAGUUCUUGCUAAAUUGGCCAGGCUAGUUGCAAACUUGCAUUCCUCUGCCUCAUCCAAGUAGUUGGAAUUAUAGAUGUGUGUCACCAUGCCUGGGAUUAGACUUCUGUAUAAAUGUCACUUGUGGAUUCAAAAAUGCGUGUAUUGGGGUUGGGGAUUUAGCUUAGUGGGGUAAGCGCCUGCCUUGCAAGUGUGUGGUUGUGAGUUCAAUCCCCAGUACUGAUAAAAAAGAAAAAGAAAAAAAAAAAAAAUGCCUGUAUGCUUGGAGGCAUGGUGGCACAUGCCUGUAAUUCCAGCAUUCAGGAGGCUGAAGCAAGGGGAUCACUGUGAGUCUGAGACCAGCCUGGGCUACAUAGCGAGACCCUAUAUCCCGUAUCUGCACAAUGAGAUGAAGUUGCAUGGAAUGGGCAUUUCUGAUGACAGAUGGAAAUGCUGUCCAACCUGUUCAAGUUUUUUACAUAAAUAUCUUUUUACCCUUUUCCUCUCUGCUUUCUCACCCUCCUUCCCUCCCUCUCUCCCUUUUUUCUUUCCAGUCCAGUCUUCCAUCCCUUCCACUUUCUUGAAUGAUGAUCUCACUGUGUUGCCCAGACUGACCUUGAACUGUUGGGUUCAGUGAAUUCUUGUGUCUUGGCCUCCUGAGUAGCUGAGACUACUGGAACACACCACUGGACACAGUUUGGUCAGUUUUCAAAUGCAUUGAAUCACUGAGCUAGAUUUGUAGCAGCAGGUGGAACAACACUUCUGCUGAGGUUGAGCAAGUCACCCAUAGGAGCAGUCACACAGCUGUGAAGGAACCUGGUCCCCUGGCUGGGGAGGCUGGCUCUUCUUUCCACUAUGCAGUGCUAGCUGCAAUUCUGACUAUUUUGAAUGAGCCUCCAACAAAGUAACUUUUUCUUUAGUUACCUGAUAAUAACUUGAAGUCAAGGACCUCGGGAGCCUAAUCAAGUAAACAAGAGCUGUAUAGUUAGGAACAUCUGUUUCUGUCUCAUAAGACAUGGAGCAGACUAAGUGCUGUUCUCACUGCUAUAGAUCAGAGUCUAUCCUCAGAGGGUUCAAAUCUUACGUGCUGUUUCAGCACAGGGGAAAAUAGGGGUGUUCAGGGAACACACAUGAUUUCACCAGACUUCUCCAGAGAAGUCUGGGAAGUUUUUUUUUUUUUUUUUGGGGGGGGGGAUGUCAUCAGGCUGCAAAGCGGGGUGUUAGGAGAAAAGGCUGGAGACAUCUAUAGGAGCCAGGUCACAAGUACCCAUAAACCAUUAAUCUGAAAAUCCCUAUGUUGGAUGUGUGUGAUGGUGAGAUCAGUCUGAUUUGGAGAACGGCCCAGGAGGACAAGUAAGGUAUAGGCAGGUUACACAGACAGGACUGGAUAGAGCUGGCGAGGAGGAGGGGUGCAAACCUGAGCACUUGGCUGGAUGGGGCUGCAUUCUUUGGCCAAGAUGUGAACACUGGAGGAAGAACAGGUUUGGGCUGAGGCUGAGUUUGGUUUGGGACUUUUUGAGACUGGGCUAUUUGUAAAGAAGUCUGGUGGGAAGUAUGGUAAGGAACUAGAUCAUCAGGUUGAGCGCAGGUUGCAUUCUGGGUAGAGAUAGAAUCUCUUGAUCAUCAGGAUUGGUGCUUUGAAAAGACAUGAGGUCACUAGAGCAGGGGGCAUAAUAACAUUGAGGAGCAUGGAUAGCAUCUCAAAGAGCUUUGAGAGGGGAGUGGUUAGCAGGGAAAAAAUCACAGAGGCCACAGACAGAAAGGAAUGAGAAGUAGCUGUCAGCAAGGUGUGGUUGGCAUGCGACUGUAAUCCCAGCACUUGGGAGGCUGAGGCAGGAGGCCUCCUAGUUCACAAUGCCAGCCUGGGCUACUCAGAGGUUAGCCUGGAUUACAUAGUGAGAAUCCGUCUCAAACAAGACAAGAUUCUAAAAAAUCACAAAAGUAUCUUGGAUUUUAGUGAGGAUAUCAAUUGUAAUGUUAAGGUUCAAAAGGGUUAGAAAUUAAAGUCAUAUUUUGUGGUUUCAGGAGUGAAUGAAGAGAGAAGAUGAGGACAGUUAGUACUCUGUUUUGAAGUUCUGAAAGGAAGGAAAGAGGCCUGUUUGCUGGAGGGAGGUUUUGGGCCGAAGGAUUUUAUUUAUGUAUUUAUUAUAUGUGUCUCAGUAUGUAUUCCAGGCUGGCCUUUAUGUUGUGUCAAUCCUCCUGAAGACUCAGCCUCCCAAGUGCUGGAAUUACAGGCAUGCGUCAUCCAACCCAGAUAUUUCCUUUAUUUCUGAGAUUGUCACAUGUUGAAAUGCCACCUGGAAGGAGCUAGAGGUUCUACUAGAAAGAGUUUCCUCCUUCUGUGAAAGAUUUCUACCUGUGAGCUAGCUGCCCACCCCAUCUUGUCUGGCCUGGGGCUUUCCUGUUUUUUGGCAGUGAAGGCUCCUGUUCCUGGAGUACCCUCAGGAGGAGCAAACCAUCCAGGUAUGGUGGUACAUAUCUCUAUUCCCACCACUUAGGAAGCUGAGGCAGGAGGAUUAUUGUGAGUUCAAAGCCAGCCUGGGCUACAUAGUGAGACCCUGUUUCAAAAAUAGAGAACAGAAUAGGGAGCAAACCAAGAUGAUCGAUUACCCUCGGUCUAAACUGGAUAGUUUAGAAGGUGACAUAUCUGGAGAUUUGGAAGUACUUCCACAUAAAAAACCCACUGCAAGGAACAGAAGGAAAAGUAGGUGAUACUUGAUGGAUGCUUUGAUAGUUCAAAAAGUGGUAACUUAGAAGCAGCAAUCCCGCACACAGAACUAUCUGAGAUAAGGAAGGAUCAGGAGGAGAUUAAAGACCCGCCUGCUGCAGUAAGUUCUGACUGUCUGCAAGUGAUGAAUGCGGGGGUGAAGGCAGUAGGUGAAUCUAGCAAAGCAAGCAAACUUCAGAUGCUCUGCCAGAACACAGGAACCUGGAAAGAUGGAGAAAGAAGAUAAAAGGAACUGUGGAAGGGAGAACAAUAAAAGUUGAAAAAAUCUUAAGAAGUGGAAAAUGAAGGUCCUCUUGAUUAAUAACGCUAGUGGGAGUGAAGAUGUGUUUCCCGCCUGCCCUUAUGCUCUCUCCGUGUGUGAACACAUUCAAACAACAACCCCGUGGGAGGGGAACUGAGGUCCUCCAGUUUUGCACCCAGGGGCUGUAGAGAAAAGAUGUGUAUAGUGUGUGCAAGUUUGCACAGGUAGGAGGUGGGGAAGCCUCGCUCUGAAGUGCUGGGCCAUGCUGCCUCGUGGUGUAACACUGAAGCCAAGUGAGCCAGGCAGUCAUCAGGAGUGGCUUUUUUUUUUUUUUUUUUUUUAAAUUGUCUCCCACGUGCCAGACUCAAUUCUGCUGCUGGGAAAAUAUCAAAGAGCGAGACAGACUAAGACCAGUUUAAACGGAGCUUAACUUCUUGUAGGGAGAAAAGAAAAAUAUACAAGUAAACAAUUAGGAGUCAGUAAGUCCUAUGAAGACAUGCCUGAGGAACAAGGUAGGGUUACUAGUAUGUGCUGCGACACGUUCCUGCUGCAGACGGCCGCAGGGGAAGGAAGGUGGCAUCGCCUGAAUUGCCCGAUGUGGGGCUGGGGCAGGGGCAGGGCAAGUGUGGGAGUGCCAACAGCGGGGUGGCCUGGGCUGUGAAGAGGGUCUGGAGGAUUCCAGUGGUGGGAGUGGGGAGAUUUGUAAAAAGCGCCAGUCAGAGAAGUAGGUAGGGGCCAGCUCAGAGAACUCGUGAGACCAGAGUAAGGACCGGGGUUUUUAUCCUAAUUGUAACAGGAAGAGUUGAAUAUUUUUGGUUUGUACAUUUGUCUACAGAAAAAUGUGAUCUGAUUUACACGUUAAAAGAUGAGUCCAGGGGCUGGGGAUUUAGCUCAGUGGCAUAAGUGCCUGCCUUGCAAGCAGGCAGUCGUGAGUUCGAUCCCCGGUACCGAUAAAAAAGAAAAAGACAAAAAAAAAAAAAAAAAAAAAAAGAACCCAGAGAGUUCUGAAGGAAGCAAGAUGUCAAGGUUCUGACGUAGGGGACCAGGAAGGGCAGCCCCCUGCUCUCAGGGACAGAAUUCAGCGCCUCGGAGGUUGGGAGCAGUGACGGGAGUUGAUUUUAGAUGAGAUCCCAGUGGUCUGAGAUGGAAGUGAACGCUAAGAAGAGUGAAAUCAGCAUGGAGGGGCCCCCGGGAGCAGGCCAGCUCCCCGACGGCAGCCAGGCCACAUUGUAACCAGCCGUGGCCUCUGGGCAGUGCUGUUGCCACCUGCCCAGUCUCUGUUGUCCUCCCUCUGUGCUGCUAACGGCCUCCUCCUGUCAGCUACCUGUCACUACCCUUGAAUCAUCCAGCAGAAGUGGGGCCGCCAGUGCCUGCCCCACCAGAGCCACUUUCUGCAAACACUUUUCCUGACAGUUUAGGAAUCUCUGAAGCCUUGUCUCACAAUGCAGAUCUCAGCAUCGUCAAUCUGACCUUACCACCUGGAACGGGGAAAAACUGGGCAGUGAAGCCAGUCUGCUCUGCGUGACUACACUUGGCAGACUGAGCCUCUGGGAGGGCAGCACCCUGGGAGUCGGGCUGUCUCUGUACCCCUCACACCAGGCGGGCACUCUGAGGCUCAUUCUUAGGUUGAAAGCGGAAAUGGGCGUGGUGGUGCAUGCCUGUGAGUCCAGUAUCUGGAGGCUGAGGCAGGAGGGUUGCCAUAAGUUUGAGGCCACCCUGAACUAGGUAGCGAGACCAUGUCUAAAAAAAGAUAAUGUGAUCAGGGUAUUUGAAGCAAGAAGAAUAUUUCAGGCAUUUUGAGGGGGUUUAUGGCAAUGUGUCUUCCCUGGUUUUUCGAGACAGGGUCUUGCAGUGUGAUUCAGGCUGGUCCCAAAUUCACUGUGUAGCCCAGGUUUGAACUUCUGGUUAUCCUUCUGCCUCAGCCUUCUGAGUGCUGGAAUUACAGGUGUGUGCUACCAUGCCUGGCUGGCACUUUUUUUUUUUUUACUAUAAAAAAAUUUUUUUUAAAUGUAAACAUUCACUGUCUAGAGUAUGGCACUGGCUUCUGCUUGGUGGCAUCUGCUCAGCUCUGGUGAAGGCCUAAUUGAGGUUCAUAUCCCAGUGCCAAGAACAUGCACAGAAAAGAUGACAGGGCAAGUGAGGAAGCCAGCCAGGAGAGGCCAGCCUUGCUCUUGUGUAACAAGAACUCUAGCAAGAACUCCCUCUGCAGGUCCCUGGGAGCUAUUUCUCCCUUCAGUCUGUCUCAGGCUGUACCCCAGUGACCUACCUGGUAAUCCCCUGGCUCCAGACCCCCUCUCAGUCCCAUCACCCCAGAACUGCCACACAGGACCACACUCACAGCACAGGAACCCUUAGGGGCACACCUGCCUCACAGCACAGUCAUUUCUGGUGGCCGCCUGACCUGUUGGCCAAGAGCUGGGCAGCCUUGCAGAUCUGCUGAGAGAAACAAGAGAAGCAGAAGUGUGAGAGGAACAGGAAUAGGAAACAGAGGGAAGUGGCCUGCCUGCUCUAUGGCUUUUAAGAUCACAAUUCUCGUCCCUCUUGAGGCCUGGCAGUGCCCUGCUCUUGAGUUACUAACGUCUCUGGUGGAGUAUGGCACAGGCGGCCCCAUUUCCACUGGGUGAUUCCAGGGCAGUGACAGGCAGCUGACAGGAGGAGGCCUUUAGCAGCACAGAGGGAGGACGACUUUGUGUUCCGUUCACCCUAGAGUCUGGAUCAACAUUCUCAGCACACAGUCACAGCCCUCACCGCGGUCCAGGACUGCAGGACACUCGUGUAAUAAUGCGUGAAGACCUCACCCUGCUCCUCUGAGGUAACUACAGUGUAUCCUCAUUUUCCAGAUGAAGAAAUGAGGCCCAGAGAGGGGAGGUUACUUGCCCAUGUCCCAUAGCUAGUAAGUGGUGGAGAUGAAUUCACGUCUAAAUGUAGGAUGGGCGGGUGGUGUACAUACACCUGUGAUCCCAGCACUUGGGAGUCUGAGGCAGGAAGAGCGCUGCAGAGUUUGAGGCCAGCUUGGGCUGUGUAGUGAGUUCAAGGCCAGCCUGCAUUGCAAGGUGAAAUCCUGUUUCAAAAAAAUUCCAAAUGGAACCCAUAUCUAAUGUUGCGGUCCUGUCACAAUUUUUGAGCAAGGGUUUAUUUAUUUAUUUUAACUCAUUCCCUGGCAAGAAUCCAGUUUUAUUUGUUUUGGGGGGAAGUUGGGCUUUUGUUGUGUUUUUUGUCUUUGCAGUGCUCAGACUUGAAGCCAGCGCCUCACACGUCAGGCUUGUGCUCUAGCACUGAGCCGUAUCCUCUCAAGAACCCAGUUUCAAAUGCCAAUUGCCACAAGGAAUCUUGAGUUCAGCCUUCUCCAGUCUAGGCAUAGGGUCCCUGCCAGAGUCGCGGGCUGGGUGGGCUUGGAGCGCAGCCUGCUCUGUCUGCCCCUGCCUCCUGCUUUGCCGGCCUGGCAUGGGAAGCGCGGGAAAGGGCUGGCAAGGCCGGUGCAGGACUUGGCGGCAAAACUGCUUGUGUGGCGGGAGGCCAGCGCCGCGCCCUGGCACCUGGCAGGCAGCCCAGCCGGGCUGUUGAGAAAAUACCUGGUACAAAGGAGUUCUCCCGCCACACUGGCCGCCUCCCCAUGUCCCUGCAGCUCUACAGCUGAGGAACCUGACCUCCAGGCCAGGCCAGGCCAGGCCAGGUCCUUACAUGGCCUCAGGAGGCAUUGGAGAAGCCUGGGCAGGGUGCCCCACCUGGAACACCUGCCUGGCUGUCCCAGGUGGGCAUCGCAGACAGAAUGUCACUCCACACUGGUGUCACUACACAUCGCAUGGAUUCCAGCCUGAUUUCCACCAGGGACCCUGUAGGGAUUUUGCUAAACUGCUCAUCACUGCCACCCCUCCCCUCUGCAUUCCAGUCAGGUGGCUUCACAGCUCUGGGGGCUGGACCCCCCCAGCAGGGUUUUUACCCUAGAGCAAUAAUUUGUCCAGUGUACUAAGUAGAAAAAUGUGGGUCUGUGACAAAGAAGAAAAACCCCUGGCAAGACACAUUUACCAGGGGGACCUAGGGGAGUGAACCUGGAGGGCCUGGGAGAAAAACUGGGGGAACGGAAAGCAGGGAGGUCUCUGGGGCAGGGGGAAGGGUUGGGUGGUCUCUGUGGCAAACAGCUUCCUGAGGAGGAGCCUCUCACUGAGCUUUCCUGUGUCCUGUACAAGGUCUCAGGGUGCAGUCCUGGGCUGGAGAUGUCUCGGUGCGGUUCUUCCCUUCGAACAGGUCCAUUCCAGGAGCACCAGGCUGGCAUCAGACCUCAGGCCAACCCUGUGCUUUAGGGACCACUGCCGUCCAGGCUGCUCCCAAGACAUGUGUUGCCCACAGUGACUCAGAAGAAGCAGCUGUUUUCCUCAGUGGACACAGCCCUAUUCCAGGGCCCCCAGCUUUGCCAAGGAGGGCUGGGCGUGGAGUGGCCUUGAACCCUACUCAUCUUGCCUGUGUGGUCUCGUGCAGAUCCGUCCUCCAUCCUCUAAAUAGGGCAGUGCCUAUUAGGAUGAUCCCAAAAAUGGCCUUGGACCCUUUGUCCCCAGGCCAAAAUCCACCCCCAUCUGGAUUUUUGCAGAGUUCCACAAAGGAGGUCAAUCCAGAGGCUACUUACUCUUCUUCUUGGUCUAACCAAUCCUCCACAGGAAGGAAAGGCUCCAUGAGGGUCCCCAAGAAACAGCUCCCAAGGCUCCUGCAGAGCCUUCCUAGAGGAUUCUCCUGCUCCUGUGGGAGCCCUGACUCAGGAUGCACCCAUUCCCAGACACUGCCCCCAAGGCUACCCUGAGGGCAGGGUUCGCUCCAGGGUAUACGCUAACCUCCACUGUGUAAUUUGGCCUGGAAGAUAAGCAAGCCCUGGGUAAGCAGAGGUGACAUAGCCACAGCCUCAGGACUGGCCAGUACCAGGGCUCAAUGCUGUGGCUCUAGGUCCAGGAAUUCAAUGGGCUGUGUGUGGCCAGCCUCAAUUUUCACCUGUUUCAUUUCUGCUUAUUCAUCGUGGUGCCUACCUCAUAGUCAACCACAGGAGCAUGUCCUGCACAGAUGCGCGCUCACUGUCCACAGGCAGACGGGCCCUCUUGAGACGGAUGGACACUGUAACUCUCCAGCCCCACCUCUCCCAGGCUGUGGGACUCAGCUCCCCCGUUCCCAGGACAACAGGCACAGCAGACAUCUGCCUUGCACACUGCUAGGCACCUGGCUAUUCAUGAUAAAAGCAGCUACUACUACUUGAGUACAUCCUCUGUGCUCAGUGCCUGCACUUCUCACAGUAGCCCACCAGGAAGACACACCCCCACCCAGAGGUGACUCAGUCAUCAUGAGCCUUGCUUACGACGUGGCAGCUCUGUCCUUUCUGUGCACAGCACAGUGGAGUUGUGUGGAUGCUCAGUGCCUGUGGAGUUCAUAGCCUGGGCUCAGAGCCCAUGCCUACCAUACCCCUCUUGGAUUCCCCCAGGGGGUGGAGGGUAAACUGGGUCCAGGCUUAGGGCCAAAACUGUUGGCAGGAUGGGGUUCUGAUCCUGACCCUGAACCCUACUCUUGAUUAGCUCUGCCUCCUGAGCUGGUCCCUAACCAUCCUGGCCUUCAGGUGAGCCUGGGGUCGUGAGAAACAGAGGGUCAAACCCUGAUCAGCAAAAUCUCCUACCAUAAAGAAAGUUCAGAUGGGGCCUGUGUGAAACCCUGGCCUCCCUCUGCCCCCUGGUGGAUCGGGGCAGCUUAGCACACAGGACAGAUGACUCCUGAACACUGAGUGGCUCUUGCUGUGACCUCAGCCAAGACUCCUACCCUAUGUUAAGUGGAGAUGAUAACAACAGUAUCACCAGAAUGCUGCAACCAUUAGGUGCUGUAACAAAUGGGAAACACUUGCUACUGAGCCAUGGGCAUGGAGAGUGCCCCAGUCACUGUUAUCGUCCCUCUCCAGAGCAGCCCCUUAGCCCAGCUGGUUCUUGCCCCUCUUGCACCCCUCUUCCCAGGCCAGCUUCACUGUCUGUUCUGCAGUCUCUCCCACUGCGCCCCAGUCCCUUGAGCCCAGCAGCUGCUUCGGAAGACCAGACCUGCAGAGGUCCCUUGUGGGAGAGCUGUACCAGCCCUUCAGGCCAACUGCGAGGCCCCACCCACCUCUGUUUAUGGAGCCCUUUAAUGUUUUUUUUAAUGUUGUAGAAAAAUCAUUAGUGUUUUGUUUUUGUGAUGCUGGGGGAUUUAUGCAUGCCUGCCAAGGGAUCUACCAUUAAGCUACAGCUGUGGCUCAAGAAUCACCAGUUUAUAUUACCCUCAAAUCAUCUCAUUGCUAUUGCUUAUGAAUACUUUCAUAUCUACUAAGCUUUCAUUGGCUUAUUUUAAUUCUUAAGCAUGACGACGGCAGUGCUUUGAUAUUUUUAGCUUAAAGAUUUAUUGUAAAUACUAAAAAAAGUAACGAUGACAAAUAAUCUUGGAGGGGCUGGGGAUUUGGCUCAGUGGUUUAAGUGCCUGCCUGGCAAGUGCAAGGUCAUGAAUUCCAUCCCCAGUAUCCCCUCCUCCAAAAAAAAAAAACUAUUAGUGACUAUCCAUAAACAAAUAAUCUUGGAUACAUUUCUUAAUAUUUCUUUGAAAUAUCUUAAAUACAUACCUUCUCUUUCUAGGAGAAAAGAAUAAACAACAAUCAUAAUGAAUUUCCACCUAGAAUAUCUUCUAUUAUAGUGCCAAAGUCUGAAGAGCCUAGAAUAUUGAUAAUGUACAAGAAUCAGUACAGAAAAACGUGUAUUUCUAGGGGGGAAAAAACCCCAAACUUAGUCUUCCUUCGGGUAAUGACGAACUGGGUGAUUUUUUGUGGGGAGGUCUUUUUGAGAUGGGAUUUCCCUGUGCAGUUCAGGGAACUCACUUUGUACCCCAGGCUGGCUUCAAACUCUCCGAAACCUUCCUGCCUUCAGCCUCCCUAGUGCUGGGAUUACAGGCGUGCACUACCAUGCCUGACCUGGACUGGGUGAUUCUGAUCAAUUCUUGAGGAUAUCUUAAAAAGCUAGACAAAGUAACUUAAAAAGUCAUCCUGCUUAACAGCUGUGAUGGGCUCGGCAUAUGUCCCUAAGUCUACCAUUGCUCCUCUCUCCAAGAGCCUAACUGCCCUGCCCUCGAAUGAGCAAUGACUCCUUAACUUGCUUCUGAUGAAAAUGAUGGUGAGCACCUGGGUCAUGAAAGGCACCGUGGUAGUUUCCUCCUCGUGCUGUCCCUGGAUCACUCGCUCCAGAAGAGGCUGCUGCCCUGUUAUGAGGAUACGCAACCAGUCCUCAAAGAGAGGAGAGCUCUGUGAGGUGGAGAAACUGCAGCCCCCAGUGAGUAGCAUCUUCCUGAUGCGAAGACACCAUCUUGGAAGCAGGUCCUCCAGGCCUGAAUUACAGCCUUCAGGUGACUCCAGCCCUGGCCGAUACCCUGGCUGUAACCUUGUGAGAGACCUGAACCAGAGCCACCCAGCCAAGCCAUCUGGGCCCUGUCUCAGACUCUGCAAGAUAAUAGAUUUUUUAAAAGCAACUACAUUUGGUAGCAAUUUGUUAUUCCACAAUAGGUAACUCUAACAUAAAGGCAGCAGAGUUUUAACAAGGUGGGAAAGAAUUAUCAAGUGGAACUGGGAGUAAUGGCCCAUGCCCAUAAGCUUGGCACUCUGGGAGCCUGAAGCAGGAUUGUAGGCCUGAACCCAGAUUGGACAAUUUAGUGACUUAGUGAGAUUGUCUCCAAUUUAAAAGGAGCAUGGGGUUCUAGAAAUGUAGUUAAAUACAAAAGCUCUAGGUUAACUUCCCCAGUACAGAAAAAAGUAAUACUAAUAAAUAAAAGAAAAGAUGACUAGUGUAGUGGCACAAGCUUAUAAUCCCGGCACUCAGGAGGCUGAGACAAGAGGAUUGCUGUGAGUUUGAGGUCAGUCUUGGCUAUAUAGUGAGUUCAAGGCCAGCCUGAGCUACCUAGAAAGACCCUGUCUUUAAAAAAAAAAAAAAAGGAAAGGCACUACCAAGUAAUUACCAAGUGGAAAUCAAGGAUCAUUAAGGAAGUAUCCGUGGUGACUCCUCUCCUUAAAUCAGGAUUCAGACACUAAAUCUCAGAGUACUUAAGGAUGCAUAAGAAGUGGCCAGAUCCUCAGGAAAAUUGUGCCUCUGCUGCUUACCAUCACAGUGCCUGAAGAUGAGGCAGGUGAUUCCCAACUGUAAGUCUCUGCAGGGACCAAGUAGAAACAUAAGUGUUGGAGCAAUGUUAAAUGUAAAGGAAAUUUUAAAAUUUAUAUUUCAUUUAAAAUAUUUUUGAUUUUAAAAAGAAUAAAACUCAAAAAAAUAAAAUAGAAUAAAGCCAAUCAAAACAAAACAGUAAAAAUGAUACAGGACUUCAAAAGAGGAUAAUAGGAAAUCAACAAUGGCUAUCAUAAUGCCUCUUGUUAUCUUCAAAAUUACUGCUCAUACCAUCAGAUAAAAUCAAACAAAACAGAACAGAAUAAAACCAACCAAAACAGAAUAUUGAAUAAAAUAAAACAAUCAAAUGGAACAAAAUGAAACAGUGAGAACAAUAUUGAAUUUCAAAUCAAGACAGAAGGCAAUCCUCCAUAUUUGCUAUAUUGCAUAUUGUUUUCCUCUGAAUAGAUGCUCAGACUACUGGCUCUGAGCCUGCAAGGUCAAUCAUACAAUACAAGCAUAAAGUUAUUUUUGUAUCUCAGUUGCUAACAACUCAGCCUGCAUUCCUCUGAAUCAGUUGGUUGCUUAAGGGGGGCCAGGGCAGUGGUGUUCUUGUCUCCCAGCCCACGUGCCAGUUGGCUCAUGGGAAGGACAAAUUGGCUUUUGAUUUCUCUUCUUGGGACCCUCAUGGCUUCCACUGGCUCCUAAAAUUUGUAUUUCUAAUACUAGUAUAUUCCUAAUACUAGUCAAGGAUGAGACUGGGAAACAGCCUGUUUCCAUAAUUAGAAAGCUACAAAACUUAAUGAGCCUUGACAUUUCAAUGGCAGCUGCACGAUAAGUGUAACUUAGUUAGACAGUGCAUCUUGUUAUAUUUUUGCCUGCUUUCAAGUUUCCAAAGACUUAUCAUUUCAAGGACAACUCAACUUAGUCUCAGACAAUAAUUGAUACUUCCUGCUUGUUGUAUACUAGUAACCCCAAUUAGCUUACAUAGAGUAAAUCUCGCCUAGCAAUAUAUGAUAAGACAUAUGUCACCAACUAUAGAAUAUCUUGUUAUCUUCCUUUGGUACUUCCUUCUGGGAACCUAUAUAAGUAACUGCCUUAUGCCAAAACAUGGCUGGUGAUCUGGAACUGAGAUUCCCUCCAACCCACUAGCAUAAUAAAGUUGUUUGCCUUCCAA